AUGGCACCGUCGACUGUUGAUCUCUUAUUUCUGACGUUUAACUGCGCAAAAGCAUUGAUAAAUACGCCGGUUUUCGCGAACCACCUAGAGGUGGCCUUUGGGCAGAAUGCCACAGAGCUGCCAGACCUCGUUGUCUUGUCUCUCCAAGAAGUUGCACCCUUGAGCUACGCCUUCAUCGGUGAUUAUUUCCUACGGCCGUACAUCGAGCGUUUCGACACCGCUAUUAACCUAGCCGCUUCCCAGCACGGAUUACAGCGCGGAGCUCCUGUCCCCGCCAUGUCCACCGCCGAAAGAACGACACAAAGAAAGCGGUACGAGCUAAUAAAGUCCAAGAACGUUGGAUACACAGCUAUACUGCUGUUUGCAAAGGAUCCAAGUCGCAUUAUGGAUAUUAAAGAGGCAGAAGUUGGUUUUGGCGCUGCUGACAUGGGAAAUAAGGGUGCCGUUGGCCUCAGAACUAUUUAUGAUGCAGGCGAAAAUGGGUUUGCCGAAAUGACGUUUGUUGCGACGCAUUUGGCUGCCAUGGAGUGGAACCUGCCUCGGCGCAAUGCUAACUGGGCUUCAAUCAUGCGGUGCAUGACGUUCGGCGACCCGCUGCCUCUGCUCGAGAUGAUGCGCGGUGGGAAGAACCCUACGGCACCCGAAGGCGACGCGCAAGGGGAAGGCGCAGGACUGCUACAAGGAGAGCAAGUUGCACCAGACAUGGACGAGCUGCGAAAGCAACUACACGAGCUAUCACUAUUCAAACCGUCGUCGCAUCUCUUCGUCGGUGGGGAUCUCAACUAUCGUAUAUCAACCAGCUCCCCGCCUCCCAACGCUGCCUUUCCUAGCUUGGAACCUGGCUCAGAGAACUACUACCCCAGGUUUUUUGAGCUGGACCAACUUACGCGAGAAAAGGCAGCAGGGAGAACUUUACAUGGUCUGACCGAAGCCCCGGUACACUUUCCUCCGACCUACAAGUACGAUGUACUAGCGAGUGAUGGUAAGGACGAGGACGAGAUGGCUCCUGUGCUUUGGAAUUUUGCGUCGCAUCGCUAUCCUAGUUGGACAGAUCGUAUUCUGUAUUUGGACUUGCCCAACUGGGCCACUUCUAAGCAAGUGGGCAGCAUGAAGGUCCAGUGGCUGGCCACCUCUACAGAUCCCCGAGUACGGCUGCCAACAGAGCUGGACCCGGAGGCAUGGCAGCGUCGCAUGGUGGCGAGACGGCGCGAGCUUCUUGUGGGCUGGAGUAUGUUUCUUUGGAGCACAAAAGAGGGUGCGUGUAUCUUGGCCACUUUUUUGAUUGCCUCAAUUGGCGGUUACUGGGUAUAUCGCUCGGCAUAG